UUUGUACCUCAUGCACAAGUUUCGUUUUGCGUCUCGUCUCGUCCGGACGCAUCAUUCGAUUGAUCGCGAAACUCAGCCAGCGGCAUUCCGUGAAUUUCAAGGGAAAUUUCGUGAAUGAAACAGCUGUAGUGCGUUCUAAGCACAUUGUUAUUAGUAAACACCGUACACGUUUAUCGUCUAAGAAACGCUUUAAAGCAAGCGAUAUGUCACUGUUCGCCUGUUGCAUACGUCAGAAGGAAUUAGUGAAAUAUGGUAUCAAAGAAGUAUUACGUCUUAUGUUAUCGUAUCUUAUCUUAUCAUCUUUCGUAAUAUACUUUAUUUUCAAAAAUAAUAUUUUUUAAGCCAUUGUGUUUAAGAAUCAAUAGGAUAGCAAAAUUAAAAUAAACAAUCAUUGUAAUCGAAUCGUUAGAAGAGUGUAUAACAGCGGCAAGUGCGCAAUUAUAGCGAAUCUACCAAUAUUACGUCUCGCUGAUUCCAGCAUUUAUCACAUAAUAAAUACAAGGGGAAACGAUGUAUAUUGGAAAUUGAUUGAAUUCAGAGAUAAAAAGAACAAUGAGAACAACAGCGUUUCAUUGGAAUUCAUCAAAGACAGGCUGCAACUGGCAGAAGUUCGAACGAGUAACAGAACAAGAAGAAAUCGCUUGUUUACCAGAAAAUAAAAAAAAAAAAAAUCGGUGCUGUGUCGAUUUUUCCAUGGCCGCGGGCUAGCCUUAAUUCUUGCUCACCCCUGUCGCUCAGGUGGCAGAAUCGAAUCAACGACAGAUGGAAGAUACUCGUCAACAGGUGUUGUUGAAGGAACCACCGGAAAUAUCGUGGGAGAACACGCUUGGCGCUCCGGAUGGCGUUCCAUUUGACGAUGACACCAAGGAAUUACUCAGAAGAUGCAUCGAUGUAUCGACAUCCACACCCACCACUCUGCCGCAAAUCAUUGAGCGAAGCGAGGCGUUUCCUAUAAACUUUCCUAUUAACACCGUAAGAUGUUCCACGCUGAGAGACAGGGGAAUUAGCACAAACACCCUUGAGAUGAACGCGAAUUCGGUUUAUCCUGUGAUACACGAAGCAAUGUUACCAUUGUUAGCUCGAUGGUUGAAGCAUAAACGGCUCUAUGGUAGUGCAAUCGAGAGAGCCAUGUAUAAAGAUAUGGGCUUGGUACAAUUCAUUCACCGUUUACUAGAAAAGCGAGCCGUGCAUUUCUAUGGAUCUGAUGAUCGAUGGAAAUUAAUCGACGGUAAGACAGGCGUGGACGGAUGGGAAAAUGUUGGCACGGAUCACGAGAAAGAACCACUGGUAUUAACGAAAUGUUUGUCAUACGAUGAGAUCAAACUGUCCGCGAUGAUGGCGAUGUCUUCCCACACAGAAUUCAUAAACGACGGCUCGCGCGAGAACAGAGGCGUCGUGAGUACCGAUCCAGACUCUGUACAGCCGAGAGGAGUCAUUAUAGGUGUCGUGGGAACAAGAUUUGAACGCCCACGCUUUAUGGAAUACCAGGACAUCCUUAUUACUCCUCUGCAAAACACUGCCGAGAAUGGAUACGGGCCGCAAACAGCUGGAAGCUCGGAAGAGAUACGUGGGCUGCGAGUUUUAUGGGCCAAAUUUUAUGGCGAGGAAUACCAUCCGCUGUACGAGGAAACGCUGAAACGAAUUAAAUCAAAAGAAAACAGAAGAUAUCUCUCGUUGAUAAGUCAAACAGUCUUCGAUAUCGAGAAUUACAUGAAAAGGACACUGCUCACCGUAGAAAUCAUACUUCUCGAAGCAAAUACACGAGCGGAGAAGCAAAACACGACUGCUUUCUUACACGUUGUCGGCUUUGGCCUCGGGGUAUGGAGACUUACUCAAGAGCAAGAAGUAUAUUUUUUAAAGACUUUCGAGAUCGCCCUUAGGAAAAUGAACAAGAAACUGAGAUACGUAUCCGAUAUAAUGUUCGCGUAUUUCCAACAGCGGAAGUGCGGCGACGCUGGAAACGGCGAUUAUCUUGGAGAUAUAAGAAUUCACUUCGCUCUCAGGGAACCUCAUAGCAAACUAUUCAGAGCCUCGGACGCGAAUAAACUUCUCGUAGUGACGUACGCGUGGGAUGGAAACGCGUUGCCAGGAAACGAAUUCUGGAGCGGGCAUUUGACAUCGAGUGGAGAUUCAGCGGCAGCGUGUAGUACUCAAAUCGCAGAAUUGCAUACUUUCAGAAUAAAUCCUCGAGCAUGUGGAGCCAGCUUGCACAUUGCAUCUGCGCAGCAUGGUAUUUUGCACAUAUCAGAUUACGCGAAGCUACACCUUGCUUAGGAAAGGGCUGGCCCAUUGGGCACCGGUCAGCGAAGACCAUCACGAUCUCCACGUAGUCAAAGAAGUCGUAGCGCAGAUGUCGAUUGCUUGAAGAAAUACACAGAAAGACGAGUCGAGGAGAGAAGACACACAGAGAUACCAGACACGAGCAAGCUCGAUCCCUCCAAAUGGGUCCCAUUGCCGAAAAAUAUCACGCGAAUCCAA